AUGGUGUCCAAGCUCACGUCGCUCCAGCAAGAACUCCUGAGCGCCCUGCUGAGCUCCGGGGUCACCAAGGAGGUGCUGGUCCAGGCCUUGGAGGAGUUGCUGCCAUCCCCGAGUUUUGGGGUGAAGCUGGAGACGCUGCCCUUGUCCCCCGGGAGCGGGGCCGAGCCAGACACCAAGCCGGUCUUCCACACUCUCACCAACGGCCACGCCAAGGGCCGCCUGUCUGGGGACGAGGGCUCUGAGGACGGGGACGACUAUGACACCCCUCCCAUCCUCAAGGAGCUACAGGCGCUCAACACCGAGGAGGCGGCGGAGCAGCGGGCCGAGGUGGACCGGAUGCUCAGCGAGGACCCUUGGAGGGCUGCCAAAAUGAUCAAGGGCUACAUGCAGCAACACAACAUCCCCCAGAGGGAGGUGGUCGAUGUCACGGGCCUGAACCAGUCGCACCUCUCCCAGCAUCUCAAUAAGGGCACCCCUAUGAAGACCCAGAAGCGCGCUGCACUGUACACCUGGUACGUCAGAAAGCAGCGGGAGAUCCUCAGACAAUUCAACCAGACAGUCCAGAGUUCUGGAAAUAUGACAGACAAAAGCAGUCAGGAUCAGCUGCUGUUUCUCUUUCCAGAGUUCAGUCAACAGAGCCAGGGGCCUGGGCAGUCCGAUGACGCCUGCUCUGAGCCUACCAACAAGAAGAUGCGCCGCAACCGGUUCAAAUGGGGGCCCGCAUCCCAGCAAAUCUUGUACCAGGCCUACGACCGGCAAAAGAACCCCAGCAAGGAAGAGAGGGAGGCCUUAGUGGAGGAGUGCAACAGGGCAGAAUGUUUGCAGAGAGGCGUCUCCCCAUCCAAAGCUCAUGGUUUGGGCUCCAACCUAGUCACUGAGGUCCGUGUCUACAACUGGUUUGCAAACCGCAGGAAGGAGGAGGCCUUCCGGCAGAAGCUGGCCAUGGAUGCCUAUAGUUCCAACCAGACACACAGCCUGAACCCUCUGCUCUCCCAUGGCUCCCCCCACCACCAAUCCAGUGCCUCUCCUCCAAACAAGCUGUCAGGAGUUCGCUACAGCCAGCAGGGAAACAAUGAAGUCACUUCCUCCUCAACAAUCAGUCACCAUGGCAACAGCGCCAUGGUGACCAGCCAGUCAGUUUUACAGCAAGUUUCCCCAGCCAGCCUGGACCCAGGCCACAAUCUCCUCUCACCUGAUGGUAAAAUGAUCUCAGUCUCGGGAGGAGGUUUGCCCCCUGUCAGCACCUUGACGAAUAUUCACAGCCUGUCCCACCACAAUACCCAGCAAUCUCAAAACCUCAUCAUGACCCCCCUCUCUGGAGUCAUGGCCAUUGCACAAAGCCUCAACACCUCCCAAGCACAGAGUGUCCCUGUCAUCAACAGUGUGGCCGGCAGCCUGGCAGCCCUGCAGCCUGUCCAGUUCUCCCAGCAGCUGCACAGCCCUCACCAGCAGCCCCUCAUGCAGCAGAGCCCGGGUAGCCACAUGGCCCAGCAGCCCUUCAUGGCCGCCGUGACUCAGCUACAGAACUCACAUAUGUAUGCGCAUAAGCAGGAACCCCCCCAGUAUUCCCACACCUCCCGGUUUCCAUCUGCGAUGGUGGUAACAGAUACCAGCAGCAUCAGUACACUCACCAACAUGUCUUCCAGUAAACAGUGUCCUCUCCAAGCCUGGUGA